AUGAUUUAUCGAUGGCUACUGCUGGUGAGCUGCCUGCUAUUGGCGCUCCUUGCGCAGCGCGGUGCUGCAAAGUCAAGUUCGCCAAAAAUUGCACCACCGACUAAGAUCGAUCAUAAACCGAGCUCCCUCUUCUACUUCGAGGACACGGACACUGUUCUCAUGAACACGGUCAAUGGCGAUCUGCUUCGGUCAGUCGAUGCAGGCGAAACUUGGUCAGUUGUUGAGGGCGACGACGGUGGCAUGAAACAUCAUGUUCUUUUAAUCAGACAGCACCCAUAUGACAAUAAGAAGGCCUACGCCUUGGGGCCCAACGGCCGUCACUGGGUUACAACGGACCAGGCGAAAACAUGGGCAUCGUUUAAUAUUGCCGAAUUUCCCGCGAUAAGGCAUUACCCCCUCGUAUUCCAUGGCGGGGACUCCAGCAAAGUGAUAUUCCAGGGCGAGGAAUGCGCAGGCCGGUAUUGCAUUGUGAGGUCAUACUACACGACAGAUGACUUCGCUACGGUCAAACUACUGCGUGAGAGCACUGGUGGAUGUGCUUGGGCUGUGGGACACCCGCAAUUUGCUGAAGAUCUGAAUUUAGCCGAGGAGAUCAAGGACCGUUCGUUCUGUGUCGUCCCCGGUUUGAAAGUGCCGCUUCCACACGCCAAUCGUCUUGUCUACUCUGAUGACUACUUCAAGGGCAACGCUGAAGGCACGGAGACUAAGCUCCAAGAAGGGCGGCCUGUGUCAGGGGUCAUUAGCACCGCUGCAGUUAAGAAAUUCAUCGUAGCUGCGGCCAAAUCUAAAGGGACCGAAGAACUCGCGUUGUACGUGACAGUUGAUGCUAAAAAUUGGCACCGUGCAGAGUUCGAUGGUCACCGAAUAGAGGAGGAUGCAUACACGAUGCUAGAGAGUACAAAUUACAGCCUUCAGGUGGAUGUGCUGACUAGUCCAAGAAGUGGCAUGGGUGUGCUUUUUACUUCAAACUCGAAUGGCACCUAUUUCACCCGCAAUAUUGAACACACUAAUCGUAACUCGGAAGGCAUGGUCGACUUUGAAAAGAUUGCCGGUAUCCAAGGGAUUGUGCUGGUCAACACUGUACAGAAUCCGGAGGAAGUUGAAUCUGGUUCCGCCAAAAAGAAGAUUACCAGCAGAAUUAGUUUUGACGAUGGCAGGACAUUUCAACCCUUGAAAUCAGAUGGGGAAAACCUGCAUCUUCACUCUGUAACUGCGCUUAGAAAUAUAGGGCGGGUGUUCUCAAGCCCAGCACCGGGGCUAGUGAUGGGAAUAGGAAAUACAGGAAAUCAUCUCCAAGAAUACGCUGAAUGCAAUCUCUAUAUCUCAGAUGACGCGGGAGUGACGUGGCGCCGUGCUAUCAAGCAUCCCCACAAGUAUGAGUUUGGGGAUCAGGGUGCCGUUGUUAUAGCGGUGCGUGAUGAGGGUAGAGUGGACAAGAUCAACUACUCCCUUGAUCAUGGUAAGGAAUGGGCAUCUGUCGAGCUCCAGCAUAAGAUUUACCCCACAAUGGUCACCACCACACCCGAUUCCACUAGUUUGAAGUUUAUUGUUGUUGGCUCCUUAAAGGAAAGUCAAGAUGGUGAACAUGUCAUUUACUCGAUCGACUUCGAUGGUCUCCAUGAGAGGAAAUGCGAGGAGGAUGACUUUGAGAAAUGGCCGGCUAGACUGGACGAACAUGGCAAACCCGAUUGCUUGAUGGGUCAUAAGCAAUUUUACAUGCGCAGAAGGGCCAACGCGAACUGUUUUGUGGACGAGGAAUUUAAAGACCCCCAGCCGAUUUUUGAAGCAUGCAAGUGCACAGCGGAGGAUUUCGAGUGUGAAUACAGGCGCACCGAAGAUGGGAAAGGGUGUGUCAUUCCCUCCCCACUAACCCCUCCAGAAGGCGAGUGCAAAAAACCUGAUGAUAAAUUCAUGGGCCCAUCGGGCUGGAGGCUUAUCCCAGGAGAUGCUUGCAUCCGAGAUGGUGGCGAAAAUCUGGACAAGGAAAUCGAAAGAUCUUGCAAGGACGCCAGUAGUCCAUCAACUGACGGCAAAAUCAGAGUGACUUUGCAGUUGCUCGAGGCAAGAGACUACGCGCAGUAUUAUUAUCUAGAACGCCAGUCCAGUAGCUCCGGCAGUGACGAAACCAUCAUAAUGCUAAGCAGUGAGCACGAAGUUUAUGUGACGCAUGAUCAUGGUAAGACAUGGGAAAGGCCGCUUAAGGGAGAAGAAAUUACCAGAGUCUAUCUGCACCCGUAUAGCAGCGACGUGGCUUUCCUUCUUACCGAUGGCAAAGAGGGCUUUUGGACUGAAGAUCGUGGCCAUACUUUCAAACCAUUUCAGGCUCCGGCUCCGCCCACUCAGGAUCGCUUCCUUCAAGUUAUGGCGUUCCACCCAGUGCACAAGGAUCGGCUAAUCUGGACCGGCGCCGUGGAUUGCCACUCCGGUGACUGUCAUUCGGACGCUUUUAUAAAGAAAGGGCGUGGUAAGAACUGGGAACCUUUACUGAGCUAUGUCCAGAAAUGCGAGUUCGAAAGUAGAGAAACCCGGCCGAACAGUACAAAUCUCGUAUACUGCGAGCAAUUUGAAAAGCAGAGCAAGAACGGUCGACUGCAAUUGUUGUCAAGUGAUGACUUUUUCAAUGACAACGAGGUCCAAUUCGUCGAUGUCAUCAACUACGCUACAAUGUCGGAGUUCAUCAUUGUAGCAUCGCGGCAGCCAGAAAACCCCGAUUCACUGGUAGCUAGUACGAGCGUUGACGGUAGGACUUUCGCAAGAGCACAGUUCCCACCAAACGUUCAAGUGCCUGUUCAAACCGCCUAUACCGUACUCGAAAGCUCAACGCACGCUGUUUUCCUGCAUGUGACGGCCAGCAGCACAGAAGGGGGCGAGUAUGGCCCUAUUAUCAAGAGUAAUAGCAACGGAACAUCGUACGUUCUUAGCAUCAGUGCAGUCAACCGAAACAGUCUGGGUUAUGUCGAUUUUGAAAAGGCGCAGGGCUUAGAAGGGGUGGCUGUUGUGAAUGUUGUCAGUAACGUCGCUGACGUCUCGAAGAAAGUGCCAAAAAAGCUCAAGACUAUGAUCACUCAUAAUGAUGGAGCGCAAUGGAUGUUACUUCCCCCUCCAACCAAGGACGCGGAUGGCAAGAGCUUUGGCUGUUCGGUCGUAGCAGGGAAAGGCACGGAUGACUGCUCACUCCAUCUCCAUGGCUAUACCGAGCGCAAAGAUGAAAGGGACACUUUUGCUUCUGGAUCCGCAAUUGGUCUGAUGAUGGCUGUGGGUAAUGUGGGUGACCAUUUAGCCGGUGGAGAUGAAGCGGAUACGUUCAUCACAAAUGAUGGUGGAAUUAGCUGGAAGUCCGUCAAAAAAGGGAAAUACAUGUGGGAAUAUGGUGACUCCGGCUCGGUUAUUGUUAUUGUGCCCGAGUCUAAGCCCACUAAAACUAUACACUAUAGCCUCGAUGAGGGCGAUACCUGGGAAGAGUUUCAGUUUUCGGAUGUAGAAGUGCGGAUUAAUGAUAUUUCAACCGUGCCAUCCGAUACCUCAAAGAACUUCCUUCUUUGGGCUAGACUAUCGAAUUCUGAAGUCCAAGAUAAGUUCGCCACGUUUAACAUUGACUUCAGCGGAGUCCGCCCGAGACCAUGCUUGUUGGAUGAGAAUCAAGGGAAUAGUGAUGACUACUAUAUCUGGGAGCCAAAGCACCCUUUCCAGGAGAACAAUUGCCUGUUUGGCCACAGUGAACAAUACCAUCGCAAAAAGCCGUCAGCCCAAUGUUGGAACGAUUGGCGAGAAUCUCACGUUCACAGCAUCGGAACGAACUGUACAUGCACGAGAGCUGAUUAUGAAUGUGAUUACAACUAUGAGCCUCAGAGUGAUGGUAGCUGUGCUCUCGUUCCCGGACUUCCUAAGCCGGAUGCUAUGGAAAUCUGCAAAAAGGAUCCUGACACAAUCGAGUAUUGGGAGCCAACCGGAUACCGCCGCAUUCCACAAACAACUUGCCAGGGCGGUCUGAACCUGGACCAUUUUGUCUCCAAACCAUGUCCUAACAAGGAGGAGGAAUAUAAGCAAAAGCACGGCAUAAGUGGCGUGGGCCUGUUCUUUGCCAUCGUGACCCCCCUUGCAGUAGCAGGAGCUGCUGGUUAUUAUGCCUAUAGCAAGUGGGAUGGCAAGUUUGGGCAGAUUCGCCUUGGCGAAUCUGCCGGCACCUCGCAGAGCUUCCUGUCCCGAGACUCAUGGUUAGUCACAGUGCCAAUUGCGAUUGUGGCAGGCACCGUGGCCGUUGCUAGAGCUCUUCCGCUUCUAGUUACGAGUUUGUGGCGGGGUGCCAGUGGAUUUAUUCGCCUUGGACGGGGCAGGGGUUAUUCAAGGCCCUACGCAUCUCGCGGUUCGUUUGCAGCACGCCGAGGCGAUUAUACUAGCAUCGUCGACGAUGAGGAUGAGCUUCUCGGCGUGGAAGACGCCGAAUUGGAUGAAGAUGACGAGGCUUGA